AGCUGGUUUACAAACCGCCAACUGAUCUCAGAAGAAGAAGAACCUCCGUUCGAUGUUCAUCAUGAGAGAGCAGGUGGAUGUGAUCUACGCUGGAGAACAUCAGAUGCUGCAGACACCAGUGAAGAUUAAAGUGAAUCAGGAGGAGAUAAAAAGAGAAAUCACAGCAGAGCAACAACAGAGAGAUGAUGAUGAUGAUCAAACCUCCACAGAGUCUCUGACUUCUGUCUGUAAUGCUGGAGAACAGCAGAUGCUGCAGACACCAGUGAAGAUGUGUUCAGUGAAGCUGCUGGACUGCAGGAACCUGAUGAAGAUGAGAGGAGAAUCCACAGUAGAGGAACAACAGAGUGUUGAUGAUGAUGAUGAUGAUGAUCAAACCUCCACAGAGUUUCUGACUUCUGUCUGUAACGCUGAAGAACAGCAGAUGCUGCAGACACCAGUGAAGAUUAAAGUGAAACAGGAGAUAAAAAGAGAAAUCACAGCAGAGGAAGAUGAGAGUGAAGAAGAUGAAGUUUUUAUUCCUUCAGAGCUGAUGGAGAUGAAAGAGGAACAUCAAGAGCUGAAUGAAGUGGAGACGAAACUUCAGUAUCAGAAACAUCACUAUUUAAUAACAGGAGAAAAAUCUUUGAGUUGCUCAAAGACUAAGAAGAAUUUCUCACCAAAAAAGCUUCAAAGAAGUGCAGCAAAAAAUUAUUUCACCUGCUCUCAAUGUAGAAAGAGUUUCAUGUAUAAAAGCCAGCUUUAUUUACACAUGAGAUUUCAUACUGGAGAGAAACCUUACACGUGCCAACAGUGUGGGAAAAGUUUCACUUUUAAAGGAAAUCUUAAUGCACACAUGAAAACUCACACAGGAGAGAAGCCUUACAUGUGCAAUCAGUGUGGAAAAGGUUUCAAAUGUAAAAAAUAUCUUAAGAUGCACACAAGAGUUCACACUGGAGAGAAGCGUUUCUCAUGCCAUCAGUGUGGGAAAAGGUUUCUUGAAAAACAACAUCUUAAUGUACACAUGAGAAUUCACACAGGAGAGAAACCUUACAAGUGUCAUCAGUGUGGGAAAAGUUUCACCAGUAAAGGAAAUCUUAAUGCACACACAAAAACUCACACAGGAGAGAAGCCUUACACAUGCCUUCAGUGUGGGAAAGGUUUUAAAUGUAUAAAAUAUCUUAAGGUGCACACAAGAGUUCACACUGGAGAGAAACGUUUCUCAUGCCAUCAGUGUGGAAAUAGUUUUCUUGAAAAAAAACAGCUUAAUAUUCACAUGAGAAUUCACACUGGAGAGAGGCCUUACAAGUGCCAUCAGUGUGGGAAAAAUUUCACCAUGAAAGGAAAUCUUAAUGCACACAUGAAAACUCACACAGGAGAGAAGCCGUACACAUGUCAUCAGUGUGGAAAAGGUUUUAAAUGUAUAAAAUAUCUUAAGGUGCACACAAGAGUUCACACUGGAGAGAAGCGUUUCUCAUGCCAUCAGUGUGGAAAUAGUUUUCUUGAAAAAGAACAGCUUAAUAUUCACAUGAGAAUUCACACUGGAGAGAGGCCUUACAUGUGCCAUCAGUGUGGGAAAAGUUUUGCGUCUGCUGUCUGUCUCAAAAAUCAUCUACGCUGUCACUCUGGAGAAAGGUCAUUUGAAUGUGAUAAAUGUGGUAAAACAUUUUUUUUUAAUACAGGACUAAAACGACAUAUGAAAACUCAUACAAAUGAGAAGCCUUACAAUUGUUCUCUUUGUGGAAAGAGUUUUGCAGACCUGUCCUAUUUUAAAGAACACCAAAAAAUACAUACUGGCGUGAGGAAUCACGUGUGCUUUGAAUGCGGGAAGACCUUUAUUAGAGCCGGCAAAUUGACAGAGCAUCAAAGAAUUCAUGCAGGAAUAAAACCAUACAAGUGCUCACACUGUGAAAAGAGUUUCACUUGGCAAAUAAGCUUGAAAACACAUGAGAGAAUCCAUACUGGAGAGAGACCAUACCACUGCUCUUCAUGUGGUAAGAGUUUCAACCAAUCAGGUCACCUACAGAACCAUUUAAAAAACAAUUGCCCAAGUAGUCACAGUGAGUAAUUUUUUUUUUACAAUCUUCACUCGGGA